CUCUCAUUCAUGCCGUCCAUCUUGUUUUACCUUUUGUUAUUCAAGGAUGGCGUAUCAACAUUCAAACAAGAGACAUAAUUUAACAAAUGUAUCACAUAAAGACGAACAGAACAAUAAACUGGAGUAUAGUAAUAGGAGAAAAUCAGGUGAAUCAGUUCGUUCUGCAAAGAAAGAAAUGCAUUCUUCCAUUAUGAAUCACGUUGAUGAAAAACAUAAACAAACCAAGAAAGAUAAUAAAAGGCCAGAAAUACAAAUCUACAGACCCGGUAUGGGAUUGUGGAAUAAAAAUAAUCAAAAAUUUGAUAACACUAAUCAAAAGUUAGAUGCCAGCUUACAAGAUGAAGAUGCAAAAUAUAAUCAUAUUGAUAAACAGAACAUGAAUCAUAUUGGUUUAGAAUUAUUUGAUAAAAGUGAUCUAGAUAAAUCGUCACCUGAAAGUGAUAAUUCAAGAAAAUUGAAACUGAGACGACCAGAUAGAGAAGUUUAUGUUCCUCCUAAACCUCGAGUGGUAGCUCUUCAAGAAGUGGGUAAACCAGAUGAAUCGAGAGUCAUAGCAUCAAAGAAACUGGACAGAGAUUUUGAUAAUGCCAUUAAACAAAGUGAAUAUUUUUCAUCAAAAAAAUAUUCUACAGGUCAUAAGAGAAAUAGGUCUGUGAAGAUGGGUAGUGAUACUACACCACCUCUAAGAGAUCAUUCUAAGGAGAAGGGAAGUUUUGCUAAGUCUCACUCAGUUUCUCUGGAUGAGUUAAAUGAUGAUAGAUAUAAUUCAAACUGCAAUAAUAGUGAUAGUAAAAUGGUUAAUAAUACAAAUUCUAAAAUGUUUUAUAAAGGAAAUUUUAAUAAAAAAGGACACUAUACUGGAAAAGUUAAUUUGUAUAAAGAUGAAUAUCGGUUUGAUGACACAGACGAAUCUUCAGAAAUUCAUGAUAAAUUGAAAAAUAGUGAUAAGAAGAUGUAUUCAAAGUCAAGAAGUCGUAAAAGUUAUUCACCAAAAUCAUCAUCAUAUUCCAGUUCCACUAAUUUAGUGAAUAAUCACAUUAAUCAUUGUGAAGAAGAUUGGGACUCUGAACUUAUAUCAGUAGAGAAUUUAUCUACAAGAACAUUUAGCCAGGAAGAUUUUCAUCGUUGCAAUGAUAUUAAGGAUUUAAACUGUGAGGAAAAUAAUGCCGGAUUAGACAGUAAUGUAAGUGAAUCAUCUGAUGUCUGUGAUCAUUCUGAGAUGGUAACAAACAAAAAACAUACUCAGAGUAAAUUAGGAAGUAAGUGCAAGGGUAAAGGUAAUCAACGGAAACAAGAAUCUAAUCACAAUGUUAAAAGCACAAUUUCAUCACCUUUAAAUAAAGAAAAUCCAGAUAAUUUAAUUGAAAAUGAUUUAUCUUAUUCUCCAAGAAUUAGGGAUUGGAGUGAAGAAGUGGAAGCAAAUGAAAAGUUUCAGUCUUUAAUUGAAAAUACUCAAAAUACUAAGUCACCUGAUAAGUCGAGACAUGUCAGGUCAGAGAACACUAGUAGCAGUAAAAAUAAAACUGAUUUUAAGUCGCACAAAAAUGACAACAAACCUAACACUUUGACUGCUAGUAAUAAAAGGCUGUCACGAUCUCCAAAAGAGAAGAAGCCAGAUCAGAACGUUCCUCCGAGGUUUAAAAAGUUGAAUAAGUCACCAAAGUCCGAUAGCCCCGAGGAUAAAACAAAAGAAAUUAAAAGUGGUGGUAUUAUUAGAAUUCCUACGGAUUCUUUUGUAUGUGAGGAGUCUCAACAGAUACCUUUGCCAGAAAGAAAUUACAACAAAUGUGAACAGUCAUGUAUUGUUCAGAAACAAUUGUUUGAUCCUAAUAAUCCAGAUAAACCAGUUAUUGUGAUGAAACAGCAACCGGUUAUGUAUCCACCAAAAAACCCCAAUAUAGAACCAUUUGGUAUUGGAGGACAAUAUCCAAUUAUAUCUUCACCUCAAAAUCAGUUUGGAUGUGGAGAAAUAGUAGCUUCAUCUCCCCUAGUUCAGCAGAUGCCUCCUGUCUACUCAUAUCCUGUUAUUCAAUCUUAUUCUCCACAAGCAUCUCCUCCCAUCCUUCCUGCAUGCUAUGGUGAUCAGCUAUUACAGGAUAAUCAAACACGAAGGAUGAAACCUCUUGUAAAAAAGAAUCUGCAAGAAAUCUGGAUACUCGAGAGAGACUUAUCUUCGCUGCUGAGUCACGGAAUAAAAAAUGCAGACAUGCAAGCAAUUGGACAGUGCAGGUGGAAACUGCAACUAAGAUAUGAAAAUAUAAUCUUAGCCGAUCCACGUUACUGUGCAGAACAAAAUGUCGAACAGUCUCUAUGGAAAUCUGUAUUUUAUCAAGUUAUUGAAGGCCUUAGAAGGCAGAUGGAAGAACAGCCUGAUCAAAGAGAAGAAGCAAAGAAAACAUUAUUAAAUGCUGUUGAUGAGGGAACUGUAUUUUAUGAAAAUUUAUUAGAAAAACAACAAGAAACAUUUGGUUUUAAUGUGACAAAUUAUCUAGAUAAUGUGGUAAGACCACAAAGAAUUCCUGAUUCUGUUCGUCUUGUUUUGAUAAGUGUGCAGAAAAUAUUUAUAUAUCUAGGUGAUCUGGCAAGGUACAGAGAACAAGCUAAUAGUACUUCAAAUUAUGGUAAAGCAAGAAGUUGGUAUCUUCAAGCUCAGCAGUUAGCACCUAAAAAUGGAAGGCCAUAUAAUCAGCUAGCCAUUCUUGCUGUUUAUACUAGGAGAAAGUUAGAUGCAGUUUAUUAUUACAUGAGAAGUCUGGCUGCCAGCAAUCCUUUUUUGUCUGCACGAGAAAGUUUGUUAUCCUUGUUUGAGGAUGCUAGGAAAAAGUAUGAACAAGUUGAAAAGAAAAGAUAUGAGGAACAGAUUAUCCAGAAUGAAGAAAGAGAAAAAUUAAGAAAUGAAAUGGAAGAAAGACAAGAAGUAUGGAUUCAUCCUGAUGGUUCAAGUUCAAAAAGAACAAGCAAAACUGAAGAUGAUUCUUCCAUUGAAGAUUAUAAUCAAAUAACAACAUUUGAUUUGAAUAAAAGGUUUGUUGUAAGUUAUCUUCAUGUUCAUGGCAAGCUCUUUACAAAAAUAGGUAUGGAAUCCUUUAAAGAAACUGCUAGCAAUAUGCUGAGGGAGUUCCGCAGUCUGUUACAGCGUACGCCAUCGCCCAUGGGUCCCUUGAGACUGUUGCAAUUGCUUGUGAUAAAUAUGUUUGCAGUAGCCAAUACAUCAUUAAAAGAUCAGAGCCUAGAGUUGCAGUGCCGUUCGUUGUUCCAAGAAUUGGCCCUUCAGCUCAGUCUGGCCAUGGUGACACUUCUGGUCGAGAGAACCACUGUCCUGCUCAAGGAACACCUUGCCUCCGACGACUAUCCGACGAACCUGAUAAGCGAGGAUUUGGCCCCCCUAUUACCGGCCAUCAAAAUCUGGACCGACUGGAUGUCCUGCCAGAGACAUUUGUGGUAUCCGCCACCGACUCCCAGCGACUUUAAAUUUGGGUAUAAAGACGACGUGUGGACUGCCUUCGCUAGUUUAUUGACUGUUUUACGAACGGUCGAUAUAAGUGAUAUAGAAAUGGUCAGAGACAGUGAAGAAGGUUACGAACUAAUUAAUCUGCCCGAAGACACCACUCUGGCUGGCUUCGUUCCUUUGUUGGGAGCUCCCGAAGAUUCGUUUUUUGCAAAGAAACCAUUUGAUCAGGAACGUGCGAGGCAUUGCCUGAGAAUCAGUCGAAUUCAAUUUUUUGGUGAUUAUCUGUGUGGAAUUCCCAUACCAUAUUUGGAAUUUGAUGUCGAAAACAAAAUGUUUAUUUCAUUGGUAUCCAAUUUAUCGGCCGAAAACACAGAAUCGGGACAGGAUGUGUGCUACGAACUGUCUGAUGAUGACGUGAACAAGGACAUCUUUGAUGACGACGACGACACUGAAGGUAAAAAUUCUGGUCUGAAAGGCCAGGAAGAAAGUGAUAUUCAAGAAUUAUGGUCGAGAAAAGAAGCUCUAAAGAAAACAAAAGCCCAACAGGACAGAUAUCGUGCCAAAAUCCAAGCGGUGUUGCAGGAACAUCGGCACAAACGCCCCACCGUUCUCGAGGUUCGUCCCCACUACCUGAUACCGGAUACCAAUUGUUUUAUCGAUCAUCUGGAGGGGUUGAAGAGCGUCGUGUCUUCUACUCACUUUGUCCUGGUGGUGCCCAUUGUGGUCAUCAACGAGUUGGACGGCCUGGCACGUGGCACCCGGGAGAGUUCGUACAUAUCGGCCGAACACGUGAGAAGGGUGGCUCAACUGUCUAAGGAGGCCAUUCAGUUUUUGGAAGAGAGAUUCGCAUCGCGCGAUUCGCACGUUCAAGCCAUCACGUCGAAAGGUUCCAUACUGGACACCAUCACCUUUAGAAGCGAAGACGUCAGCGACAAUAAGGGUACCAACGAUGAUCUCAUCCUUUCCUGCUGUCUUCAUUACUGUAAAGACAAAGAAUCCACGAGGGAGGAGAAAGGUUCCGUCCGACUUAAGAGGGAGGCGAUUCUUCUCACCGAAGAUCGCAACCUCCGAGUCAAAGCAUUGACUCAUAACGUGCCGGUCAGAGACCUGCCCGAAUUUCUGAAAUGGGCUAACAUAAGGUGAAGAAACGUUGAAACGAAAAAACGAAGAAUGGAAGCUAUCAAACUAGAUUCUGGUUUGGAAUGACCGGACCCGAAGAUCACACAGCCUAAAAACCGUGAUAGGGUUGCCCGUAGACGAAGAACAAGAAGGAAGUGAUGCACACCAUCACCCCCCAUCAUACACACAAAAACACGGAGAAACGAAGCAUUAAAAAAAAAGUAAACAAAUAAAUAAAUAAAAUGAACAACCGUAAAAGUCCAUUUGAACUUGCACAGCGAUUCUCCCGUCGUCGUUUCGGUGGAAGGUGACGGUUUUUUUUUUUUAAAAUUAAAUUAAAUACGUGUAACAUGCGGUGAAGACGUAACGUGCAUCGAUCGAGACUCGAAUGCUCAGUCUUCGUAACACACACAAACCCGUAUCGUCACGUUUGCUAAUGUACGAUACGAGAAGAGUUCCGUCACCAAACAGCGAUUUCGAACCUGGACCCCACCUCGAAUCCAGUGUGUAAGCUGCGAAAUAUACACACCUUAUAAAUCCACCUGUUUUUUUUCUCCCCUAGUGUAUGUACAUUCACGGUUUUGUUUCUUUUGUAAUUAGCACAUUCUGAAACGUGGUAGAGUGUUCUCUCGUUACCUUGUUUCUUCCACAACGACCUUCGUUUUUAUGUGGUGUUUCUGUUUUUUUUUCUUCUUCUUUUUUCUGUUACAAUUAAUAAUAGUUUAACAAACUAACAGUCGGGGUGUGUGUGUGUGUGUUUGAUUUUAAAAACGCCAUCCUCCGUUUCCGAUUAAAGUAAUAUAUAAUUUCCUACAGGAUACUUAAUUUAUCACAUCAGUGAUCGCGAAGAGAGACACAGAGAGAGUCAGUAGAACAGGGUAGAGAGUGGAGAAAGGAAAAAAAAAGAGUGAGUCAUAUCUCUGCCAGCACCUUGUAUUGUGUGUGUUGGAAACGUGAUCCGCUUGCUUAAUAAACUGCAAAAGUAUCGAGACUGCAAUACAACACUUAACUAAUUAUUCGCCAUCCUAAUUAGCUUACUGUUAAAAAUACUUUUCCUCCCCCUCCCCUCCCUCCUCGAUUGUAUCUCUAGUGUUUUAUACACACAUACACACACAGAGAGAGAGAGAGAAAAAUGGUGAUUUUGACCCCUAACAGCGGACUCGGCUUACGUGUUGUGUCGUUCCCCCCCGACACACCGGAUCCAUCCUCCCCCCUCCCAGUGUACUUAAUAAGGAUUCGAAUACGGGUGCUUCUUAUUGUUUCCUUUCUCUCCGCUGAUUCUUUGUUAAUUUUUUUUUGACAAGAAAUAAUUAAGUCACCCCCCUCUUGAACGUGGCUCUUCGUGCCUUCGAUACGCGCACAAAAAUGUUGUUUUAUAAAGAAACAAUUGUAGAAUUUUGUAAAAAAAAAAAAAUACAAUACAAUACUGUCAACAGAACUUGUCGGUAUGAUUUUUUUGUGGAUUUUAAACCCAUUUUAUUAUUGUGAAAGACGUUUUAAUAAAACUAUGAUGAAACAGUU